AUGCUGGGCAUCAUCAACAAGGAGCUUGGAGAGCGUAAACUCAUGCGUGACAACGAUAGCAAGGACGAGGGGAGCUCCAUCAACCUCCUCUUCGCCGAUGCGCUAGAUGCCAUACAGAUUUCAAGAAGUGCGUUAAGGACAUCUCCUCCUUUCUUCGGAAUUACCCUUGGCUCCUCGAUCAAACUGUUGGGGCAAAUUGAGUUGCCUGUCACCUUUGGCUCUUCGAAUAACUUUAGGACCAAAAGGGUCCAGUUCAAUGUGGCAGAUAUCGGGACCGCUAAAAAUGCGAUCCUGGAGCUACCCGUGAUGGCCCAGUUAAUGGUUGUUGCCCACUGCGUAUACCAGGCAGUCAAGAUCUCUGGUUUGACAGGGGCCAUCACUGUUUUUGGCAACGCGAAGACAACCCUACACUACGACAAGAGGAGCCUCGACAUAGUCGAGCUGACUCCCGGGUCACAGCCCGAGGACGCCGGACCUAGUGGUCACCCGAUGAAAGUCCACAUCGUCUCAAGGCAAUUUGCCUAA